AUGGGGUUGGCGCGAUUUGUGCUGCAAGGCAAGGAUGGGGGCUUGUUCCUCAUGCGCCGUCUCCCCCUCCUCCAUCCCCCUCUCUUCCCCCCUCUCCCCCUCCCUUCCCCUCCUCUCCCCCCUCCCUCCCCGUUACUCCCCCCUCCUGCCCGCUCGCUCGGUGCAGCGCAGGUGGCGUCAGUGGCGCAGUGGUGCACAUUCAACAUUAUCAUGAUCCUCGUCAACAACGAGAUCUUCCAGCGGUACGGCUUUGCCUUCCCGCUCACGCUCACCGCCAUCCACUUCGCGCUCUCAUUCGUCGGCGCCUUCACGGCUAUUGAGAUCCUGCAGGUGUGUCCCAAGGCGGAGGUGGAGGCGGGGGAGAUGGUGGCGUGGGUGAUGCCCAUGGCGGUCGUCACCUGCUUCAACGUGGUGCUCGGCCAGCUCUCCCUGCGCUACGUGCCGCCUGCCCGCCCUCCUCUCCACCAAGGCCCUCUCGCCCGGCCUCACAGGUGCGCUGCGCUGGCGCUACAGGCGGAGUACGACUGGCGGCUGUGCCUCUCGCUGCUGCCGGUGAUGGCGGGGGCCAUGCUGGCCUACGCGCCCUCCGUGCACUUCGCGCUGCCCACGUUCCUGUCGGCGCUGUGCUGUGUGGUGCUGGGCUGUGCCACUGUCAUCUGUGCCGAGGUGCUGCUCAAAGGCAAGCAGUACAGCCUCGACUCCCUCAACGCCCUGUACCAGCUGGUGCCGUACUCGGCGCUCAUUCUUGCGCCACCAGCAGCAGUGCUGGAGGGGUGGCAGCUGUGGGGGUGGUUCAUGGCUCAGGCCAACCCCUGGCCCGCUGUCAUCGCCAUCCUCAUUAGUGGCUGCUUUGCUUUCUGCCUCAACUUCUCCCUCUUCUACACGAUUCAAAAGACCAGUGCGCUGACGUUCAACGUGGCGGGAUCUGAAGCUGGUGGAUAA